AAAAAUCAACGAAGACUGUCGAGAUACUUCUUCCUAAUCCUACACAAAAUAUGAAAACGAUAAGGUUUUUUUCAACAAAAUCUCCCCUCUCUCUCUCUGACAUAUACAUUACCCAUACACUUCCAUUCUUGCAACGCAAGAAUGGCUGAGUAGCCCCUUUUCAUUUGCACUCUCUUCCGAUUUUCACAAUCUUUACUGACUCACUCUCCUUCUCUACAAAUUUGAAGCAUUAGAUAUAUAUAUAGAGAGAGAUAGAGGACAUGAGUGAUUCUGCAACACAUCCACAUGCUAGAUUGAGGGAACAAAGAGAGAGAUUGGUUGAUGAAGACAAAGAACAGCGAAAUGUGAAGAAGACCCAGAAUCGAAUCUGUGAUUUCUGUGGUGAGUCUUUAGCUCUCUUGUACUGCAGAGCCGAUUCGGCCAAGCUCUGCUUCUCUUGCGACCGUGAAGUCCAUUCCACAAACCAGCUCUUCACCAAGCACACCCGGUCGCAGCUCUGCGACUUGUGCGAUUCAUCCCCUGCUUCGUUUCUCUGUUCCACAGAGAACUUGGUUCUCUGCCAGAACUGUGAUUGGGAAAGACAUGGUCGAUCUUCGUCGUCUCUUCACGAUCGUAGGCCUCUCGAGGGGUUCACUGGGUGUCCAUGUGUGACUGAGUUGUUGACGGUUCUUGGGUUUGAAGAUUUGGGGAAAAAAGCUUUACAAUCUGGUGGUGGUGAUGAUGGGUUGGUGGGGUCUAGGGUUUAUGGGUCUUUCGAUGGGAAUGAUGAGUUUGCAGAUUUGUUGGUUUGGGACACUCCUUCAUUUGUUAGUCUUGAUGAUUUGAUUGUUUCCACUAAUUCUGAGCACAAUUUUCAGGCUAUGGGGGUUCCUCCUCCACCAAAGAAUCGUAAUGCUGCUACUGGGCAAUACAAGAGAGAAAUACUGAAUCAGCUUCGUAAACUGACAAAGUUGGAACCAGACUUCAUUGAUGGUAAUGGGGAUGCUGAACCCCUUAUGGGAUUUCAAUCCCUGGUACCUGAAGAAGACCUUCAUCCAGGAAGUAUGUAUGUGGACUUUGGACAUGAUGCAGUGCCAGAUGCGAUUCCUUCUUAUGAGGCAUGUGCAUUGAAGUGGUGCAGUGAUGAUGGUGAGCUUUCAAAUAAAGGUCUUCAUUCUAUGUUGAGCUACAGUGAGGAAAAUUAUUUGGUUCCUGAGAAAGAUUCAGAUAUUGGUGGCUGUGUAAGUCAUGUCGAUGGUGGUCAUGAAGAGGGAUUACAUCAUCACAUUGUCACUGAAACCGUGCAAGUCCUUCCCAAAGUUACUGCACUAGCCAGCCAGGAAAGAGGAACUGCACUCUCCCGGUACAAGGAGAAGAAGAAAACUAGGAGGUAUGAUAAGCACAUCAGAUAUGAAUCGCGGAAGGUUCGAGCAGAAACGAGAACAAGAAUUAAGGGACGAUUUGCUAAGAUCGAUCACUAAAAUAGUGGUAUGCAUUGACAACGUCAGGUUAUGCAUGAAUAGUAAUUUUCAUAUUAAUUCCCAAAAAACAAAUAUAUAUACUUUUCUUUGUGUAGGCGAAUUAUUUAUUUGUUUUCUAAGAUAUUAGUUUGUGAAGCCACUGCUUUGAAUGUACUUGGGUUUCUUAGUUCAACUAAAUGUGAAAUCUGUGGUAUAUGUAGAUUUAUUUUUGUUGUAA